AUGUCGACGAUAGAAAAUUUGAAAUUGAAAGAACGUCAGGGUAACAUCCACCACAACUACAACAACCCUUAUCCAGCAACGUCGUGGCGUCAGUUAUUCCAACAACAACACUCGCACAACAACGUGACAGUCUAUACCGUAGUAAUAAAGCACCUUAUUUUCUGUUUCUACACAUCAAAUUUCAAGUCUUUUGAUAGAAGCCGUAAAGAACCUGUUACAUUUGGUGGCAGCGGUGGGAUUCACACUAAAAGAAAGAAUAGUGUGAAUCUGCGCAGGAGCAAAGUGAGUGAGAUGGCUCACAAUUUAAGGUCCAAGGACAAGGGCACGAAGGACGGUGAGGAGGAGGAGACGUUGGAUCCUGUGCGGGCCACACAGAUCCGGAUCAUGUUAGAAGCAGCUGAAGAUGAGAGGAGAAUAAGACGUGAAGCAGCUAAAAGGGAGGAGCAACGCGCAGAAAGGGAGGAGCAACGCGCAGAUGAGGAUAGAAGGCUACGGAGGGAAGCUGACAUACAGUUAAAAAUUAAUAAUCGUAAUAGUCAACAGGAAGACCGGGUUAACAUGGGCAACAGAUUUGGCCCCAUGUUAGGAAGAUGCCCAACUGACCCUCGGGAGAUCUCCGCAUAUUUUCAACGGAUUGAAGGCAUAUUUGAAAGUUAUAGAAUCAGUGAUGAGGCCAAGGCUGAACUGUUGUUGUCCAGACUGGAGCCGAAGAUGAAAACUAUAUUGAAUGAACUUCGGACCGAAGAUUAUACAAAUUAUGAAGCUAUAAAGCAGCAAAUCAUUCGCUCUUGCCGAUUUUGCCCGAAGAAGCUCCGGGAUGCAUUCUUUUCAACCUAUAAGGCAAAGGAGGAAACAUACCCAGCAUUUGUUGCACAAUUGUAUCGCCAUCUCAAAUUCUAUUUCCAGAGUCGGAAAAUUGAAACCCUUGAACAAGCCAUGUCCUUGUGGGUUGUGGACCGUUUAAAGGAGGUAAUACCAAAAAAUUUGGUAGAGUACAUACUGGCUCAGGAGGGUGACGAGUGGUUACCACAUGAUAAAGUAGCAAACCUGUUGGAGACUUAUGAAGCGAAUAUGAAUAUGAGGGGAUCGACCAACUCUGUUUCUAGUUUCCGAACACAGUCUGGUCAUGCUCAUUUAGGAAGUGACCGUAAAGGGUUUGUAAAGGAUGAGAGGAGGGGUCCAUCGAUGAAGCCAAAUUGUUUUACCUGUAGUAGUACUGGUCAUCUGGCCAAACAUUGCACAAAAAAGUCUAACUAUACGACACCGGCCAAGAAGGUGAUGAAUUGUCAGAUUACCCCCAGAAUGCACAGCAAACAGUUCGGGUUGACAGAGGCCAUGCGAGUAGAGAAAUAUUUUGAGAGGCCAUAUGUCAAGGUAAAAAUUCAACCCGGUCCAGUGUGCGAGGCUUUGGUGGACAGCGGUGCUGAGGUAUGUGGGAUUUCACAGGAGUUAUGCCAGGAGUUGAAUCUACCCAGUUUGGGAACUGAAAGGAUCAAGGGAUGGAGUGGACAGGUGGCUGAGGUGGAUGCCACAUGGGUAACGUUGACUCAGGGGGACAAGGCUGCUACCCCUGGCGUCCGGGUGUGGUGUGCCGUGGUGCCAAAUGCUAGUGAACCACUAAUUAUUAAUCCAGGAGUGGUAGAACAGUUAAAGUUGGUAACGCCUUAUGUAGUACCUGCUGCAGAGGUAUUAUCUGCCAGUGGUUCAUUGGUCAAUUUAGGGACCUUUUACAAUGUUGACGCCCCCCAUGGGCAGUGUCAAGAGAGAUACGAUAAAAUUCAGAAUCGUGACGUUGAUGAUGAGAAAGAUGAUGAAGUUUGUGAAGUUAAUAAUCGUAUAAUAGAUGGCAGCAUAAUUACAAAUAAAAUUCAGAAUCGUGACGUUGAUGAUGAGAAAGAUGAUGAAGUUUGUGAAUUUAAUAAUUGUAAAAUAGAUGGCAGUGUAGUUGUAGAUGGAGUUCCUAAUCGAGAUGUUGAUGAGGAGAAAGACGAUGAAGGUAGUGAAAAGAGUUGCAAGGUUAUGAUCAAGGAUGCAGGUAGAGCUGAUAUUAGUCAGGAGAAGAAGGAUUCCGCAGUGAAUAAAAUUAAUAAAUAUAAAUUUGAACUUGGUGAAGUUGGUAGUUCCGGUAUUGGGCUUGUGGACAGAUCAAAUGUUGUCGGUCUGGAUGUAAACUAUGUUGUGAGAGUGGCUGAAAUGACAAUCGACGGGGUGGAUGAAACUAAUAAGGUUUUGACAAAAUCAAGGAAAGAUGUUAGAGAAUCACCACGAAAUUUGGAUGGAAUUUGUAAUAGCGAGAAGCAAAAGGUUGUUGAACAUUUGGACGAUGUUGAUGAGGAGGAAACCGAUGGUCAGUUCAACCGUGGAAAAAAGAAGAAGGCAGACGAACAUAAACUCGACUUAGACGAGGCAGAGGAACACGUCGAUGAUGUGGGGGGAGGAUGUGUGACUGAGAAGAAGAAAUUUUGCCAAGAACAACACCAAUGUCAAACGCUUACGAGCGUCAGGGUAACAUCCACCACAACUACAACAACCCUUAUCCAGCAACGUCGUGGCGUCAGUUAUUCCAACAACAACACUCGCACAACAACGUGA